AUGAAGUGCUCCGCCACUACUAUCCUUGCCACCCUGGCCGCCUACACUCAGUCUCUCUCUCUCUCUCUCCUCUCCGAGGGUGACGUUCCUUCCAUUGUCGGCGAGGCCACCAGCCGUGCUGGUGACAUCGCCUCCAACGUCUCCACCCGGGUUGAGGAUCUCUCUACCCGAGCUGGCGACCUCUCUUCCCGCAUCAACUCCAUUACUGACACCGACUCCGCCUCCGCCGAUGCUACGGAGACCGCUACCGGCACUGAAACCGAGUCCAAGGCCGUUGACACCAGCGACCUUGCCAGGGCCUCCAGCGCCGUCGAGGACCGCCUGGCCUCUCUCAGCUCGGAUCUUGCGGACGCCGCCGGCACCGCUAGCCAGGCUAUUCAGUCCAAGAUCGACCAGGCUACCUCUGAGCUCGGCGCUAUCGCCAGCAGCGCUACUGCGACUGACAACAUCGGUGCUAUGCCUACUGCAGCCGUCGCCAUGGGGGCCCUCAUGGGUGGUGCCGCUGUCUUCGCCAACAUGUAAAGCGGCUGCUUGUACAACACCAUCCAUGUCAGUUAACGAAGCAAAACGGUCAACUAUUUUAUGAAAUACCGGGUGGAGUGCCCGUCUACUUGGACCAGCCAAUCAUUUUGGAUCAUGCAAUGUGGCGGGACUCAGUAUUGAAUCAGCCAGGGCCGCACAUCGUCCGCUAGGAUGGGGAUGGGGCGAGUUGAAAUUAACAUAUGGGGAAAUAACGAGGGGGAUUUUUGCCUUAUUGUCAAUGAAAAGAACAUACAUUGGCACUGUAAUAUUGUAUCUUUUAUUACAAAGAUACAAUCUUCCACUCUGGGCUAUGGGCUCAAUGCAAU